GGGGCGUGGCUGUCAAUAAACAAAAGGGUCUCCUGCGGACUGUCUCUGUGUGCAGAGUCGUCGUCUAAGGUCGGUGCCGAUGGUACUUUGAGCGUGUGUCGGCAAUCCAGAGAUGGCAGGCGAAGAGUCGGCAUCGGCCAUGGAGGCCGACAUCAUCAUCAACGCGGCCGACGGUUUGCCAAAUGCGCACCCCAACUUUGAGCACCACGACGACGAGGACAUCCGCGGCCUAGACGACGUUGUCCACGACGACGAUCUUCCUAACUCGCUGAUCGUGACCAAUCUAAAUUCAGCCGUAUUCAAGAGUGACGAAGAGAAGAUAAUCAUAGAAAACUUGUUCAACCAGUAUGGUGAGACGGUAUCGUUCCAGUAUUUCCGCAGCUUCCGUCGGAUGAGGGUCAACUUCAAAACUCCAGCGGCGGCGGCCCGGGCGCGCAUUGAGUUGCACCAGGCGAAAAUAGGCAGCAGUACUAUCAACUGUUAUUUUGCACAGCCAGUGUCGCCUAUCGACAUGGAAGACCAGCACCUGCAGCCGCCGGCGCUAACCAAACAGUUCCUGAUCUCACCCCCAGCGUCGCCUCCCUACGGAUGGGAGCAGAAAGGCGAGGCGGAUCCCCUUGUCAACUACGACCUUCUUGCUGCCAUCGCUAAUCUCUCUCCAGGCGAAACUCAUGAGUUGCAUCCCCCUUCUGGCGGUCAGCCAGGCAUUGUGGUGCACAUCUGCGAAGAAGAAGCUGCAGCUGCAGAAUCAGGAGCCCAAAGAAUGCGAAUCCAACAUACCCGGUGCCCUGAGACCUAGUCCAAUAGCUGUUGGAGAAUUGCUGUAAAAUUAUUGUGUUGAAGAUUACAUCUAGUUGUUAUAAGAUAUUCAAUAAAGAAACAUGGCUAUAUGUAAUAAGGAAUCAAAAAAGAAUAAAAAAAAACACCAAACAAUAUAA